CAUCAUCUCCUCCGCAAAAACUUCGCAUUCGAAACGCUCUCUCUCUCUUCAAUUUCACAACACGAAGCAGCGAAGAACAGUUUUCUCUCUCUAUAUCGUACCUGUGUAUAAACAUACAUACAUAUAUAUAUAUCUAUAGUAUUCAAUUACGCAUAUUCACGUAUAUACGUACACGUAAACACAGCCGUUUCAUUUUGUAUAGUAGCAUUCGAGUUCGGAUUGAUUCAGUUGUACGUAGCGGGACAUGGCGAUGACGUUGCCGCACCAGAUCGGAGCCCUGACGGGAACCGCCAUCAUGUCGGAUUCCGUGGCGACGGUGAGAGCGGCGGUGAGUCCGGCGAGGAGAUCGCCGGCGACGAGCCCCCGGUGCGCGGCGCGGAAGCAGGGGUUACCGGCGGCGGAGAUUGGGUUGAGAUUGGCGUCGCUGUCGCCGCCGGUGAGUCCGAGGAUCGGGAGGAUGCGGCCGGAUCUCUCGGCUGCGUGCCAGGCGCUGAUGGACGCGCCGCCGGUGAUGGCGGAGGAGGAGAAUGAGGGGGCGGUGGUGAGGGAGUACAAGGAGAAAGGCGGUGCGCAGGAUAAGUCGAAUGGGGUGCCAGUUUACGUGAUGAUGCCAUUGGACAGCGUGACAAUGGGGAACACUAUUAACCGGAGGAAGGCGAUGAAGGCAAGCCUGCAGGCGCUGAAGAGUGCCGGGGUGGAAGGGGUGAUGAUGGACGUGUGGUGGGGCCUGGUGGAGAGAGAGAAACCAGGGGAGUACAAUUGGGGAGGGUAUUCUGAGCUGUUGGAGAUGGCCAAGAAGCAUGGGCUCAAGGUGCAGGCGGUCAUGUCGUUUCACCAGUGCGGAGGAAACGUUGGGGACUCUUGCACGAUCCCUCUGCCGAAGUGGGCUGUGGAAGAGAUUGACAAAGACCCUGACCUUGCCUACACAGAUCAAUGGGGAAGGAGAAAUUAUGAGUACAUAUCACUUAGCUGUGAUACUCUUCCAGUCCUCAAUGGACGCACUCCUAUCCAGUGUUAUGGUGACUUCAUGCGUGCUUUUAGAGACAAAUUUGAGCACCUUCUGGGGGAUACCAUUGUGGAAAUCCAAGUUGGAAUGGGUCCGGCAGGUGAGCUGCGCUACCCUUCAUACCCCGAGCAAAAUGGAACAUGGAAGUUUCCUGGAAUUGGAGCCUUUCAGUCUUAUGACAAGUACAUGCUCAGUCACCUAAAAGCUGCGGCAGAAGCUGCUGGGAAGCCAGAAUGGGGAAGCACAGGCCCAACAGAUGCCGGGCAAUACAACAACUGGCCAGAAGACACCAACUUCUUCCGAAAGGAAGGUGGCGGUUGGAACAGCCCUUAUGGCGACUUUUUCCUCACUUGGUAUUCGCAGAUGCUUCUGAACCACGGGGACAGAAUACUGUCCUCUGCCAAAGCCAUUUUCAAUAAUACAGGUGUCAAAAUCUCCGUUAAGGUUGCAGGCAUUCACUGGCAUUACGGGACCCGAUCCCAUGCACCUGAGCUCACAGCGGGGUAUUACAACACCCGUUUCCAUGACGGGUACCUUCCCAUCGCCCGGAUGUUAGCACGCCACGGUGCCGUAUUCAACUUCACUUGCAUCGAAAUGCGGGACCAUGAGCAGCCUCAAGACGCACAAUGUGCGCCCGAGAAGCUGGUCAGGCAAGUGGGUUUAGCCACUCGGGAAGCUCAAGUCCCGCUUGCCGGGGAAAACGCGCUGCCUCGGUACGAUGAGUUUGCACACGAACAGAUUUUACAGGCAUCGUCUAUGAACAUCGAUGGAGAAGAUAGAUAUAUGUGUGCGUUCACAUAUUUGAGAAUGAAUCCACACUUGUUUCAGCCGGAUAAUUGGAGGCGGUUUGUGGCGUUUGUGAAGAAGAUGAAGGAAGGAAAGGGUGCGAACCGGUGUUGGGAGGAGGUGGAGAGGGAGGCGGAGCAUUUCGUGCAUGUGACACGGCCUUUGGUGCAGGAAGCAGCUGUUGCUCUCAUGUAAUAGAAGUUUUAGGGUUAGUUUAUUUUGUACUAAAAAUAGGUGACAGAGAAACUGAGUUGGGUCUCUAGCCUCUCUCGACUUUGAUUUGGGGUAUGGUUAUACAGCAUAAACAACAUCCUUUUAGUUCCUCUAUUUUUUUGAGGUAACAGGAGGACUGCUAGUUUUUAAGAGCAGCCAUUUGUCAAAGGUUAGGUGGAUCUCCUGUUCUUCUCGCCUAUACCAAGUUGAUUAAAAAUUACAUGGAUACUAUCACCGGUGUUGUAUGUACUAGUUGAUAGGUAGAUACACCUUCUUUUGUGCAUCUUUUAUGUUUGUAUUAUUUCAUGGGGCCAAGAUAAGAAUGGCACAGAAGUUAAACUAUGCAUAACUAUAAUUCAUGUA